AUGGAAAGAGAUGAUGGACAUGAUGCAAUUAGCAAUCUGCCAGACUCGGUGCUCCUCCAUAUUCUGUCCUUCCUGCCCACGAGAGACGCCAUGAGGACAGUGAUGGUCCCGGGGUUCCGUUACCUCUGGACUUCUACCUGCCACUUAUCUUUCGAUCACUGCCCUUACCACAACUGCAAGGAGAGGAAGACUGCUUUUAGAAUCAAUGAGAGAUUGGUGAAUUUUACCGACUGUGCGUUAACUCUGCAUAAGAACCCCACAAUUGAUUUGUUCAGUCUUAAUAUAAACUAUGCGGCUGAGGAGGACCCCUAUGAUCCUCAGUAUGAGGGUGGUAUGACUGAAGAGACAAUAAGGUCAGACAAAAUCGAUACAUGGAUUCAUUUUGCAGCGAAUAGAAAGGUUAAGUUCCUCGGUUUGGACUUCCUAGGGUGUGCUAGGGAGUUCACACAUAAUCUUUACAGGUUGCCCUGCAUUGUUCUUGGGUGUAGCAGCUUAGUAGAGCUGAAGCUGGCUUCCUGUGAGGUCGGACCAGUGGCGGGACGGGUCCAACUAAGGUCGCUUAGAAAAUUGUUUAUGAAGAAAAUUCACUUAACUGACAAAAAGUUGGCUGAAAUACUAUCUCAUAGUCCAUUGCUAAGAGAAUUGUCUCUUGAAUAUUGCUAUGGCCUCCGCAAUCCCAUUUCUGUAGUGCCCCAUCUAUUGAAGAGUUAA